CACAAUCAACUUUGUCUGUCGCUUCUAGUCACUUAUCAACCCCAAGGGCAAAUGCCAGUUUUAUACACUUUUUUUAUCAAGAUAAUAAAACUAAUAACACAAUUGCAUAUUGUAGACUUUGUACUCAGGAAUUAGAUGAAUUAGAUAGAAUUCAAGCACAACUGUAUCCCUAUAACAAAUCAGAAAAUAGUACAGGAAACUUA